GUUGAUAGGGAUGUAUCAUUAUUUGGAGGGAUAUUGUGGUUUAAAAAAGAAUGUAGUUAUGAGAAUGAAUCUGAAAAAAUAAAAAGCAUAUGCGUAGGAUUAAGGUUGCUACAUCUAACGUUGCAAACAUUAGAAACAAUAAUUAAAAAUAUAACCAUUAAAAAGACAACUGUUAUAAUGUCAGAAACAGAUGCAUCAGAAAAGAUAUUGACAAAGGGAGAAAAGUAUGUAUCGACCUAUAUAAUAGAUAUGUCAUUUGUAUGUAUGUCAAUACAUACAAAAACGCUGAUAUAUUUGAAAAUAUUGAUGCUGAUAUUCAAAAUAACAUUGACAAUAACGCUGAUAUCUACAAAAGGAUGUAAGCCUGUCAAUUGUAUCAUAGAAGAUGAAGCAGGCCAUAAGGUUAAACAGAGGUAUGAAAAUGAGCGGCUGGCGUAUUAUAAAAGGGAUAACAUUAAUAAUUAUUAUUUCUGUUAUGAUUUAGAGAAACGAAUAGAUAAAUAG